AUGGGUAUUCCUAAGUUUUUUCGGUAUAUUUCAGAAAGAUGGCCGAAUAUCUCUAAAUUGAUUGAUGGAACUCAGAUUCCUGAGUUUGAUAACUUAUACCUUGAUAUGAAUUCUAUUCUUCAUAUAUGUACCCAUGGUAGUCAUGAAGAUGAUUUGAAGAAGAGACUAUCCGAGGAGGAAGUGUUUGUGAAUAUAUUCAAGUAUAUUGAUCACUUGUUUCAUACGAUUAGACCUAAGCAAACGUUUUACAUGGCAAUUGAUGGUGUUGCGCCAAGAGCCAAAAUGAAUCAGCAAAGAAGUCGUAGGUUCAGGACAGCUAUGGAUAGUGAAAAGGCGCUUGAAAAGGCUAUUGCGAAUGGUGAACAAAUUCCUACUGGCGAGCCCUUUGAUUCUAAUGCGAUUACGCCUGGUACUGAAUUUAUGGAGAAGUUGACAAAGAACAUGAAGUAUUUUAUCCACCAAAAGAUCUCAACGGAUUCUGCGUGGCAAAAUAUCAAUGUGAUCUUCUCUGGUCAAGAGGUUCCUGGUGAAGGUGAGCAUAAGAUUAUGGAAUAUAUUAGACAGCUUAGGUCUGGAGCGGACUAUAACCCUAACACGAGACAUUGUAUCUAUGGUUUAGACGCUGAUUUGAUUAUUUUGGGCCUUUCCACCCAUGAUCCGCAUUUUGCAUUAUUGAGGGAAGAGGUUACUUUCGGCAGAAACCAAAAGACAAAGCCGUUAGAGCAUCAAAACUUCUUCUUACUACAUCUUUCUAUAUUAAGGGAGUACCUGGAAUUGGAAUUCAGAGAAGGUAUGGAUGAUAUGCCUUUUGAGUUUGACUUUGAGAGGCUAUUAGAUGACUUUAUCCUCGUCAUGUAUGUUAUAGGUAAUGAUUUCUUGCCUAAUCUUCCUGAUUUACAUUUAAACAAGGGUGCUUUACCUGUCUUGCUACAAACGUUUAAGGAAGCUCUAAAACAUAUGGACGGUAACAUUAAUAACAAUGGUACCAUAAAUAUAGAGCGAUUCAAAAUUUGGUUAGAGUAUCUAUCACGUUUUGAGUUGGCUAAUUUUGAAAAAGCUGACAUUGAUGUUGAGUGGUUCAAUACACAAUUAGGACAGAUCUCGUUGGAAGCUGAAAGGAAAAGACGCAAUGCAGGGAAAAAGCUGCUUUUGCGCGACCAGCGUAAAAUAGUUAAAAUACUGAAGCCAUGGUUAUUAGAGCUGACGAGUAAAAAACUUCCAGAAGAUGUUACUGAUGAACAAAUCACUAUGGACCCACCACUAGAUCACGACCUAGCUGUAGAGAAUCUGGACUUCCUCAAAGAGCUUGCUUUUGAACUAGGUUUGGUUGUUGUACAUUCUAAUUCUAAGGAUUCUUAUACCUUCAAGUUGGACUUGGACUCAUUUAAUCCUAGUGAGAGCGAUGAAGAACGCUCAAAUCGUCGGAAUGAGUUGCGGCGUUCUGUAAAGAAUUUUGAGCAAGCAGUUAUUGUUAACGAUAAGAAAGAAUUGGAAGAGGUCCAUGAGGUUUAUAAUGAAAGGUUUACGAAUUGGAAGAACAAUUAUUAUGAAGAAAAAGUGGGGUUUUCAAUCAAUGAUGAAGAGAAGCUCACAGAAAUGACUGAAAACUAUGUUGAGGGUCUUCAGUGGGUGUUAUAUUACUACUACAAAGGAUGCCCAUCGUGGUCGUGGUACUACCGUUAUCAUUAUUCCCCACGUAUUUCGGACAUUGUUAAGGGUUUGAAUGUUAAAAUUGCUUUCGACAAAAGUAGUCCUUUUACACCAUUUCAGCAAUUGAUGUCUGUGUUGCCAGAAAGAUCCAAGAAUUUGAUUCCGCCAGUAUUGAGACCCUUGAUGUAUAAUGAAAAGUCUCCAAUAUUAGACUUUUAUCCAACCGAGUUAGAGAUAGAUAAGAACGGGAAAACAGCUGAUUGGGAGGCUGUUGUAAAAAUUUCAUUUGUUGAUGAAAAGCGAUUGGUAGAGGCGAUGGCUCCAUAUAUGGAUAAGUUAACCGCAGAGGAAAAAGCAAGGAAUUCUUUUGGCUGUGAUUUACGGUUCGUCUUCAACCCGCAAGUUGACAAUCUCUAUAAGACUCCAUUGAAGGGUCUUUUCACUGACAUUGCUCAUAAUCAUUGUGUUGAAUAUCCUUUUAAACCUACAAGCUUGCCUCAUGACGAAUUGAUCUACGGUUUGGCAGAUGGCGCUAAACUAGGAGUACAGGCCCUGGCAGGUUUUCCAACAUUGAGGACGCUUAACUUUGUGAAUAGACUCGAAUAUAACGAGUGUACUAUUUUUCAACAACCUUCUAGGCAACAAUCAAUGAUGCUUUAUAUUGAAGAUCCUUAUAAGGUUGGUAAUAUAACAGUACCGGAGAUUGCUAAAAGACAUAUGAAUGGCAUCGUCUAUACUGAUUGGCCAUAUUUACGUGAAUCAAAAAUGGUUUCCAUUAACGAUGGUAUUAAUAUAUACGAGGCUUAUAAUUCACCUACAGAUAAAACGCAAAACUUUAUCAAGAGGGCUGUUACUCAAAAUGAUAAGAACGAGUUCAAUACUAUGAGAUCAUCACUAAAACACCAAUAUUCCAAGAAGAUGGCUAUAGCUUUGGAUGAUAUAGUUGCCGUUGUUGGAGUUCUUCGUGUUAAUGGUCUUGUAAGACAAAAUGAUGGAUCUUACUCUAAAACUUUUAAUGACAAAGUGGAACUUUAUCCCUUACAGUUAGUUGUACCAGACGUGGAGAACAAAGAUGAAAGGUAUGUGGAAACGCCACCACUUCCAAUUAAUGAAGAAUUUCCGGUUGGUUCAGGUGUUAUAUUCCUCGGCGAUUACGCAUAUGGUGGAGAAGCAGUCGUAGAUGGGCAUUCUAGCUCCACAACUUUGAAAUUGACUAUUAAUAAACGUAGUACCAAGCAUGAGCCAAUAAUUGGUAAAGCAAGAGCGAACGCAGAUAAGGAAGCAGUGCGUUACCUACCUUCCUAUGUUGUAGCAAAAAAAUUGAACAUUCCUCCGUUAUUCUUGUCUAGAAUUACCUCGAGAUUUAUGAUUAAUACUGAUAAACGCCCAGUUAACGUUGGUUUAAUGAUUAAAUUCCAAGCGCGUAAUGAAAAGGUCUUAGGGUUUAGUAAAAAAAGUGAUUCUGGCUGGUUAUAUUCUAACCUAGCUAUGGACUUAUUGCAGCAAUACAAAAACAUGUUUCCGGAGUUCUUCCGUGCCCUUAAGGAUACUAUGGACUUCAAUAUGCCUCAUGUCACUGACCUUUUACCAAAAAAAUCACCUGAAGAAGCUCAAGCCCUUAUUGACGCUGUGGCGAGAUUCAUCAAUGAUGUCAGAGAGCCUUUUGUUACUGUAUCCUUGGAAAGUGAUUCAUUGACAAAACUCUCUAUGAAACUGGUCGAAGAAGAAAUCAUCAAAUAUGAACAAUUGCAAGACAAACCAGAGCAGAAGAAGCUGACUGCGGUUCCUCGUAGCGCUGUCUUGGACCCUAGAAAAUCAUUUGCAAUGCUGCGCAGUCAAAGAUUUGACCUGGGAGACCGCGUGAUGUAUGUCCACGACUCUGGUGAAGUUCCGUUAUUUGCCAAGGGUACCAUCGUAGGGUAUACUACUAUUGUGAACCGUUUGUCUUUACAGGUUCUAUUUGAUAAGGAAUUGGUUGUUGGAACUACGUUUUCUGGAAGAUUAUCUACGAAGCGUGGUCUCAGUUUGGAUUCUUCUCUUCUGCUGAAUAUCUCUAACAGACAGUUUAUUUAUCAUUCGAGGGCGUCCAAGAAGGUCGAUCAGGAGUCAAAGAAGAAGAAGAACACUAACGUUAAUCCAGCUGUUACACAUGAACAGCGGAAGAAGAAAAUUGAUGAAAUCAAAAAACAACAGGCCCAUGAACUUUUGAAUAUGAUAAAGAACACGGAUGCAGAAAAGGAUACACCAGAGGCAACUAGUUCCCUCUCUUCAGCUGGAGGUGCAACAUCUCAGAAUAGAAACCCAGCUACUGUUACUCAAACGCCAUUGAAUACUGUUGGUAGAAAUAAUGCUUCUAGCAUAUACAAUGCAGUUGUUGGUCGACUCACUGAUAUUCCAUCUGUACCUCAGCAGCAACCUGUGGGAUUUGUAGGUCACCCAGGCUAUGGAAACGGUUUCCCACCACACUUUAUGAUGCCAAUGUCAGCAUCUGGUAUAAUGCAUCCAUCACAUAAUCAGAUGCUAAAUUUCGCGCCUCAUUCUAACUCUAGAAAUAUACAAACUGCUUCUUCAGCUCCUCUACCAGGUGAAGUCUCGACUGAUUAUAAUUCUAAUAAUGAAAUGAAACAGCAGGCCACUAACGAAUUGAAAAACUUCAUGAAACCGGGUGUGCAGAACGGUGAAAACAACAAAAAGUGGAACCCUAAACGAGGUGGAAGAGGUGGAAGAGGUGGAAGAGGCGGUAGAGAAGGAAGAGAAGGAAGAGGAGGAAGAGGUGGAAGAGGAGGAAGAGGUGGAAAAGGAGAAAGAGAUGAAAGAGCUUAA